GUGGGCGGUGCCCUGGCGGCAGGCGCCGUCGCGGGGGUGCCCGCGGCGGCGCUCGCGGCGAGCACCCUCGGCGGGGAGGGCGGCGCGCUGGGAGUGUCCUUCCUCUCCUGGAAUGUCGUCUGGGCCCUGGUCGCCCUCGGCCCGGUGGGCGUCCUCGCCGCGGGGGCCUUCGCGAGCGCCUUCCUGGGCCGCGCCGAGACGAUGCUGGACGUGAAGGCCAGGCCGGGCUACCGGAAGCGGGAGUUCCGCCAGCCGGGCCAGGCCAACCCCACGGACGACAAGGCCCCGCCGGACGGCAACAAGUUCAUGCCCAAGAUCAACACGGCCAGCAUCAUCACGAACUGA